AUGAAUGACAAGGCCUUGGAAGUCUACUUGAUCAUGUACCCUGGAUCUGCAGACGCACCAACAGACCAGAGACACUAUACAAUCAUAAUUGAUGUACGUGCCGAGUCUAAUAAGGAGAUGACCACUGGGCUUGAACUCCAUCUAGUAGUUCCUAACUCCGAGAACCAGGUGGUUGGCUUCAAAUGCGCCUACAGAACUCGUCCAUCUGAUUCCUUCCCAAGGGUGCCCCUGGGCCGUCUGACCAAGCCGCUUCCAAUGGUCAGUAGCAACAUGACCUUGCCAGACUUUUUGAGAUACCCGUGCCUCUUCAUUUCAUGGGGACCUGAAGUGUUCGAAGCCUUCCUCAUGGAGUCUGUUGGGAGAAGGGACAAUGUCAGGUGGGGUGCGGAUACCAACUGCCAGAAGUUUGCCAGAUAUCAUGUGACUGCCCUCCAGUUGCCUUGGCCAGCCAACGUCCCAGUGAUAUCCGAUCACUACAACUGGGCCAUCGAGUGGUACGUGGCAGCCAAUUAG